AUGGCUAAGGCUAAGGUGCUUGUGGAUCAAAGCAGCGACAAGAAGCAGGCUAUUCAAAAUGGCGGAAUAAGAAAAGCCCGGAAGCCGAGAAAGGAGGCAACUGGAAAUCCACCUGCGUGGGCCGUUCACCGCCCCGAGCUAUGCGACGCCUUGCCAUGGUUUCGCUCAACUCAAGGAGGCUGUUACUUUUCAGACGGCAUUGCGUAUGGUGUAUUAAUAGAUGCAGAUGCCGGUAAACGGGCAUAUUUAGACCACGAAGUGAUAAUAUCUCGGGUUGGCGGAGGCUGUGGGAAAGAGAAUGGUGAACUUGUCCUCAAGAAAGAUGUUGACGACAAGAAUCAUGCCUAUGUGGCUUUACUGUUCAACCUACAGCAUGGUAUUCCUGUCAUGCUCAUUAUCGGUAUGUUCUCUCUGAACGAGCUAUGGCCUUGA